AGACAACGACCUUUCACGAGUAAGCCCUCUUGAACAGCGACGACGACGAUAAUACACCAUGUCGACACCGCGCUGGAUCAGAGCGAUCAAGAGUGCUCUUGCUGUCCCCGAGAACCAGGGCAAGAUUGGUGAGCACACCCCUCCGAAUGCUCAGAGGCGCUAUCCAACAUGCAGGAUUGCACAUGCAAGUUUACCAAGUCGCCACCGUCGACUCACACAACAUCCCGCACGUCCGCACUCAAGUGCACCGCAGCUUCCUGAUCCCAAAGAGCACGCCGCAGCUCCCGCUGCUCGUCACAUCGAGCGACGUGCGCGCCCCCAAGAUCGUGCAGAUGCUCUCGAACGCGACCGUCGAGCUCUGCUGGUGGAUGGAAGGUUCAAACGACCAGUUCCGUAUCCAGGCGAAGGCGUUUGUCGUGUCCCCGCCGGACCACGCAUUGCGUAGUGUCUCGCCGCAGCUGUUCGCGGCGCAAGCGCUCGACGAGGCAGGCGAGGAGCGUGAGGAUGGCGAGAACAUGCGGGCACCAGACGGGAAGUAUGACUGGGAGAGGAAGCGGCGCGAGGUGUUCGAGGCGAUGAAGCCGCAGAUGAAGGCGAGCUGGUGCGCGCCGCUCACGCCGGGGUCGCCCAUGGCGUCCUAUGACGUACCAACAAAAGAACAUUGGCCGACGGAGGUGCCGAAUUUCGAGGAUUUGAAGACACAUGAAGACAGGAAGAACUAUGGGCUUACACUGAGCAACUUUGCGAUGAUCGUUUUUGAGCCUGCGAGGGUCGACUGGGUGCAGCUUGGCGAGUCGCCGAACCGCAGGACGUUAUUCACACGGAAGGAUUUCGCUGACGGAUUUGAGUGGGAAGAGCAGAUUGUAGUUCCGUAACUUGCUUGGACUCCACUACGUCGUCACUUUGAAACACGCACAGCAUUAUUUGGAGCUUACUGUGAUAUUAAAAAUGGUGUAUCAUGUAUUAGCUUAAGGAAGACAUGUCAGUUCAGGACUCAAAGGCUUGAUGCCGGACAUCUUGGUCUCUA